UAAAACUGUUUCGAAAACAGAUGGAGAACCAAGCUCCAUCUCAAGUGUGAAAGAUCACCAGCCUAAAUAUUCCAUCACUGUGUCUCACAACAGUGAGUUAAAUAUCAGUGAAGGAGACCUGAUCCCCUCCCCCACAACACAAUACCUUGCACAAAAAUACCUUGGCAACGGCGCGUAUGGAAUGGUCAUCCAAUGCAGGAAUGUGACCACCGGAGAGACGGUGGCUCUAAAAAUCAUCGAAAGCCUCUGGGACAUUGACUAUGCACAAGUAGAGGAGGUCAUCCUUCAAAACAUGAAGAAGCUCAACUCAGACAGGUUCAACAUCGUCAGAUUGUACGAGUCCUUCUUCUACAAGGAACACUACUGUCUUGUGUUUGAGCUCCUGGAUAUGGAUCUGCAGAAAUUCAAACGGAUCAGCCCGGGUCAACACCUUCAGCUGAAGCAGAUUCGCCCCAUUCUGCAGCAGCUAGCUACAGCCUUGGACUUUUUGAACAGCGCAGGGAUCAUUCAUGCAGAUUUGAAGCCAGAUAACAUCAUGCUGGUGGAUCAUGUCAGGCAGCCACUGAAAGUUAAAGUUAUUGACUUUGGCAUAUCCUUCGAUGAUCCUGAGGAAAUGCUCGGUCAAAACGUCCAGACCUUGUGGUACAGGGCUCCUGAGAUUCUGUAUCAAGAUCAUUUCAGCGGGAAAAUCGACGUAUGGUCUCUCGGCUGCAUUGCUGCUGAGCUGUCAAUGGGCAAACCGCUAUGGGGAAAAUUGCAGUUGCACAAAGAGAUCCACGGCAUGAAGGAAACCUCCUACCCCAUGCGUUCUGGCCAAGAUCUUGGAUGGAAGGCAGAUUUAUGGGGGAUCAUCCUGUCUGGUUUCAAGACGUCCAGGCUGAAUUUUGUGACCUGCAGUGCUUCAUGGACCUAA